AUGGGAAAUAGCCCGUCCAAAAAUGAACCCCUACCGAGAUCAUCUAUAAAAUCAUCAUCAAAUAAUAAUAAUAAUCUAUCAUCCAAUGGUACUAUCAGUGAUUUAGAAGCUGAAGAUAAACCACCAGCGCUAUCCCAUUUGGGUGAUUAUUCAAAUUUAAAAAAUAAUAAAAAAAUUGAUAAUAUUGAAGAAAAAACUAUCAAUUUAAAUUCAAAAUCUUCAGCUAUUGAUAUUAAUAAUAAAGAUAAUAAAGUUCACAAACCAGUAAUUAUUAGACAGGAUUCAGAUUCAGGUUCCUCAACUAAUAAUAGUAGUAAUAGUAGGAGUAAUAAUACCAAAAAACCUUCAUCUAAGGUAAAAGGUUCAAAUUCAAGAUCAAAUACAAAUGGGCAAUACCUUAGUCCUACCAAUUAUGACUUAGAAAUAGGUUUAUCUAUGGCUCAAAUUUUAAAAGAACAACAAAAUUCACCAUCAUCUUUAAGUUCACUGGAUUUUUCAAUUUCGGCCUCUCCUGUUUUUACAACUGUUGGUAACGAUUCAUCAAAAGAUAGUGAUCUGCUCUCUUCAACAAACUCAAGUUUCAAGAAACAUUCAGAAUAUUUAGAUAUUGCCAACAACGGUAAUAAUAAUAAUAAUAAUGAUCAACAACAUCCAAAUUUAUCAUUAAUUAACAAAUUGGAUUCAAUAGCUGAAACUCAAUCAAUAGAGUCUUCACCUGAACCAAAAAAGUUAUCGCAAGAGAAUUUGAAAAAGCAUAAUAAUGUUAAAAAAAUUUAUACGUCUCCAUUAAGUAUUACUAAAGAAAUUACAAAAUUUAAAUCUGAAAGUUCAUCUUCAAUAAGUUCAGUAUCUCCACCUUUAUUACCAACUACAAAAAAUAUAGAUAUAGAUAUUGAUACAAUAAUUGAAAGAUUAUUAUCAACCAAAAAGAGAUCAAAUUCAAGAAAAUCAAAAGAUAUUUUACCAAUUGAUUUAAAUGAAAUUAAAUAUAUUUUAGGUAAAAGUAGACAAAUUUUUAUGGAUCAACCUUCAUUGUUAAGGUUAUCACCCCCUGUUAAAGUUGUAGGAGAUAUUCAUGGUCAAUUUUAUGAUUUAUUAAGAAUUUUCAAUUGUUGUGGUUAUCCACCUCAUUCAAAUUAUUUAUUUUUAGGGGAUUAUGUUGAUAGAGGUGAAAAAUCUUUAGAAACUAUAUUAUUAUUAUUAUGUUAUAAAAUAAAAUAUCCUGAAAAUUUCUUUAUGUUAAGAGGUAAUCAUGAAUCAGCAAAUAUAACUAAAAUAUAUGGAUUUUAUGAUGAAUGUAAAAGAAGAUUAAAAAAUACAAAAAUUUGGAAAACUUUUAUUGAUGUUUUUAAUUCUUUACCAACAGCUGCUAUUAUAAAUGAUAAAAUCUUUUGUGUUCAUGGAGGUUUAUCACCUGAAUUAACUGAUUUUAAACAAAUUGAAAAUAUUAAAAGACCAACUGAUGUACCAGAUAAAGGUUUGUUAGCAGAUUUAUUAUGGUCAGAUCCUGAUUCACUGGUUAAAAAUUUCUCACUUACUAAUUGGCCAAAAAAUGACAGAGGAGUUUCUUAUUGUUUUGGUAAAAAACAUGUUGAUUAUUUUUGUUCUAAAUUUAAAUUAGAUUUAAUUGUUAGAGGUCAUAUGGUUGUUGAAGAUGGUUAUGAAUUUUUUAAUAAAAGAAAAUUAGUUACAGUUUUUAGUGCUCCAAAUUAUUGUGGUGAAUUUAAUAAUUAUGGUGCUAUUAUGAGUGUUGAUAAGAAAUUAUUUUGCUCCUUUGAGUUAAUUAAACCAACUUAA